AUGGGCUACGGCGCGGUGCCCGGCGCCCGAUACUGGCUUAUCCGCAACUCGUGGGGGGAAGGCUGGGGCGAGCGCGGCUUCAUCCGGCUGUUCCGCUACGGCGGCGAAGGCGACGACUCCCACUGCGGCGUCGACAGCGACCCGCAACAGGGCGUCGGAUGCGACGGUGGCCCGAGUCAGGUCACCGUGUGCGGCAUGUGCGGCAUUCUUGCCGACGCC